UAAUUUAUUUAUUUAAAAACGCCCAUAUUCCCGAAAGAGAUUCUGCUGCGUUGCGUUGUAACUUUAAAGGGUUUUUUCAUUUGUUCGAAGCUUCACUUGUUCAGUUCAGCGCUAAGCAGGAGAGAACAAAGAAACAGAAACGAUGCCGUGCCUCAACAUCUCCACCAACGUCUCCCUCGACGGCGUCGACACCUCCUCCAUCCUCUCCGAAGCCACCUCCACCGUCGCCAACCUCAUUGGAAAACCCGAAGCCUAUGUGAUGAUUGUACUGAAAGGGUCAGUGCCCAUAGCCUUUGGUGGGAAUGAGCAGCCUGCGGCUUAUGGUGAAUUGGUGUCCAUUGGUGGUCUUAACGCCGACGUGAACAAGAAGCUUAGCGCCGGAAUUGCUUCAAUUCUUGAAAACAAGCUGUCUGUGCCGAAGUCAAGAUUCUUCCUGAAAUUCUAUGACACCAAGGGUUCCAACUUUGGAUGGAAUGGGUCUACAUUCUGAAUUCCAUGAUCCUUUUGUUGUGGUGCCUUGAACCUGUUGGAGUCUUUGAACUGUCACCUCUACUAUUAUGUCAACACUUGAUAUUUUAUGUCAUGUUAUAAGUUCUCUGCAUUUUUGUUUGCCCCAUUUGGGACAUCAUGCAACUGUAAGGUGAUUAACUGAGGUCAAAUGAGGGUGUUCAUAAAUGCUUAUGCUACAUUUUGUACUAAUACUAUUUGGCACCACCAGAAAUGAAUGUGUUGAUGAUGCGUUACGGGUUAAA